GGAUUAGAUGUUUAUAUCUUUUUAGCUAAAAAUUUAAUUUCCUGGGCCAAAACUAUCAAAAUCGAAACCGCCCACCCAAUAGGAAACCAUUCAACUUGGCCACCCAUUGUUCCAAAUAGUCAACCCCUAUCUCGUCGUUGUGUACUCUUAACUAAUUCUGAGGGAACACGCACCGUAUGAUUUUCGAUCAACGUAGGACUAUCAAAACAUUCAACUUGGCCACCCAUUGCCCCUAAUAGUCAACCCCUAUCUCGUCGUUGUGUACUCUUCACUAAUUCUGAGGGAACACGCACCGUAUGAUUUUCAAUCAACGGUGAUCUUUAAGUAGUAAAUCCUGUGAUUCCACUGUGAUCGAGGGCUUCAAUGGUGAUGCUAGAGCGUUUGGGGGCAAUAUAAACAAGCAAUCGGAGAGGCAUUCGGGUAUUGCUUCCUAGUGGCCAAUUCAUAAAUAUUGGGGAAUUCCCAUCAUGCCCUGCUGGUGGAGCGCCGUGUGGCCGGGCCAGGCUAAGAGCACGGCACGCGCGGCGGAGGCAGUGGCGCUGGAAAUGGUGAGGAAGAGAGCGCUGCGCACAGCGUCGGCAACGACACAUAAUUGGAAGUCAUCGCUUGCUGCAAUCUCCGAGAGAUCCGUCCUACCGCCGCAGCAUCGUGUGCAGGAGGCGGCGAAGAAGAGGAGGGGCGGGGUGGAGAAGAGGAGGAUUAGAUCGGCGACGAGUCACACCGAUGGCGACUAUUUUCGGCAUUAUGGAGUCCCAAUCCCACCAAUGGCGCCGUCAUUUCCUCCCACAACUUUCUUGUUCUAAUAGAAUAGUAUAGCGCUUCUGUUCGUUGCUCCAUUAUUGCACAUAUAUUCUCUUUUCUUAUAAAUUAUCAUCAUGUAAAAAUAAUUAUGUAAUUUAACUAUCAUUUGAUGAAAAGGAAAAGCUCUGCAAGAAAAAA